UCCUCCUCCGCCGUGUGCACGCUUUUUGCACCUCCCAACUCUCUUCUCCACACUUCCCCUCCCUCCGCCCCUCCCUGAAUUCUGCAACCAACAGCCAUGAUCAAGCUUGCUUCCCCGGAAACGCAGCAGCAGAUCCCUCAUCUCGCCGACACCGCCGAUGCCACGGCGGCGGCGGCGGCAGCUGCAGCGGCGGCCGGGAGCGCCGCCCACCAGGAAGAGACGACCUUCAUCUUUAAAUCGAAGCUGCCCGACAUUGCCGUCCCCGACCACCUUUCCCUUCACUCUUACUGCUUCGAGAAAUCCUUCGGAUUCGGAGACCGCCCCUGCCUAAUCAACGCCCCCACUGGUGUCACCUAUUCCUUCUCCGACGCCGAGCUAAACUGCCGCAGGGUCGCCGCCGGCCUCUCCAAGCUCGGCAUCGGCAAGGGCGACACCAUCAUGAUCCUCCUCCAGAACUGUCCGGAAUUCGUCUUCGCCUUCCUCGGCGCCUCCAUGAUCGGCGCUGUCAGUACGACCGCCAACCCCUUCUGCAUGCCGUCCGAGAUCCGCAAGCAGUUCACUGCCGCCUCCGCGCGCCUCGUCGUGACGCAGGCCGCCUACGUCGACAAGCUGAGGGAGUUCCUCACUCCGGGCGAAAUUCCGGUGGUGACGGUCGACGACGCUCCGGAGGGGUGCGUGCAUUUCUCGGUGCUGUCGGGGGCGGAUGAAAGGGAGGACUUCCGGGGGCCGGACAUCAGCCCCGACGACGCUGUAGCGCUGCCUUUCUCGUCCGGGACGACGGGGCUGCCGAAGGGGGUGGUGCUGACCCACCGGUCGCUGGUGACCAGCGUGGCUCAGCAGGUGGACGGCGAGAACCCGAACCUUUACCUGUCGGGAGAGGACACGGUGCUAUGCGUGCUGCCUCUCUUCCACAUCUACUCGCUCAAUUCGGUGCUGCUCUGCUCACUGAGGGCCGGCGCGGCCGUGGUGCUGAUGCCCAAGUUCGAGAUCGGGUCGCUGCUGGAGCUGAUAGUCAGGCACAGGGUGACGGUGGCGCCGGUGGUCCCGCCGUUGGUCAUCGCCCUCGCCAAGAACCCCAUGGUGGAGAAGUUCGAUCUCAGCUCCAUCAGGAUCGUUCUCUCCGGCGCCGCGCCGCUCGGGAAGGAGCUCGAGGAGGCGCUCAAGAACAGGCUGCCUCAGGCCACCUUCGGACAGGGUUACGGCAUGACUGAAGCAGGACCAGUAUUGUCCAUGUGCUUAGGCUUCGCUAAGCAGCCAUUCCCAACCAAGUCUGGCUCAUGCGGCACAGUUGUGAGGAAUGCAGAGCUGAAGAUCGUCAGCCCAGAAACUGGUGUUUCUCUACCCCGCAACCAACCAGGGGAGAUAUGCAUUCGAGGGUCUCAGAUCAUGAAGGGUUACCUGAAUGACCCCACCUCCACAUCAUUGACCAUCGAUAGCGAAGGAUGGCUUCACACUGGGGACGUUGGAUAUGUGGAUGAUGACGAUGAAGUGUUCAUUGUUGACAGAGUCAAGGAACUCAUCAAAUACAAAGGCUUUCAAGUGCCACCAGCGGAGCUUGAAGCCUUGCUUAUCAGCCAUCCGUGCAUUUCAGACGCUGCUGUUGUGCCGCAAAAAGAUGAAGUAGCUGGAGAAGUUCCCGUUGCCUUUGUGGUGCGCUCCAAUGGCUUCGACCUUACAGAAGAAGCAGUCAAGGAUUUCAUUGCUAAGCAGGUAGUUUUCUACAAGAGAUUACACAAGGUUUACUUCACACAUGCAAUUCCAAAAUCUGCUUCUGGAAAGAUCCUGAGGAAAGACUUGAAGGCAAAAUUACUCAUGAAUCAAUGAGAGCCAUUUGUGCAAUAUAUUGUUAUUAGUUAUUACCAUUUUCGUGUUACGUUUAUUUAGUUCUAUUCUUGCCUAAUGUGCUCUUGUACUUCAUAACUUAUUUUUGUGUGUGUGCUAUACGUACUCUUGAUCAUGAUAUCAAUCAGAAAACUGCAGAAUAAGUUUGUUGUA